AUGACUACUAUGCAUUCAGAAGAUUGUCAAACUAAUGACCCAAAUAACUUAUUUCCGAUGGCAAUUGAGUCAUUAAGGUUUCCUUUGGAUAGUACUAUGCGUAUUAUAUUUACAGGAUAUUACAAUGGCUUUAGUGUUGAAGUAAGGUCCCCAGAGGAAAUGGCUAUGCUACAUCAUAUGGGUUGUUUUGGUAAAGGUUCUAUGUCUCGUUCUAAGCCUAAGAUGACACAUAAUGAUAAUGGUCCAUGUAUUAUGCGAAAGAGGCAAUUUUUGAAAAGGAGUGAUUGGCAUAGAAAGUUUAACCAAAGAUUGGAUAACCCUGAAUCGGACACAUUUUUCAAAGACAUUGAUGAAUUAGCAGCAAGUAUUAUAAAGGGGGGUGAAAAUAUCAGAAAAAGAGAUGUUAUUGAUUUAGUGUCCAGUGAAGAUGAAGAAAGUGAUCAUUCUGAAGGCAUAGACAACUUUGAUCAUCCAGUUUUAUUAGAUGCCUGUGAUAAACAAGACCUAGUUGUAAUAGUACCAAAUAGUGACUCGGAAGAAGAAAAUUACUUCGAAAAACUCAAACCAGAAUGUUGUGUAAAUAGAGUUAAAAUACAAGAAAAGCUCAUGUUAACUCUUGAAGAAGCCUUCUUUUUAUCAUAUGGUCUUGGCUGUUUACAAGUAUUAAACAAUGAAGAAAAGGUAAUUAAUACAGAUCAGCUGUGGGAUCUUUUCAAAAAUAUGGAUAAGAGAUUUGUUCAUAGAUAUGUUGUAUAUCAUUAUUAUCGAUCUAAGGGAUAUAUAGUGAAAUCUGGAAUAAAAUUUGGUGGAGAUUACUUAAUAUACAAAGAAGUUCCAUCAAUUGCACAUGCUGACUACAUAAUUGUGAUAAAAGAUGAACUACAGAAAUUUGACUGGAUCUCAACGCUAGGUCAUGUUCGGAUGGCAACAACUACUGUAAAGGAAGUUUUGGUUGUGGAAGUUUCAAAGACUGAUCAUAAUUUAUUAGACACGGCUGAAAAUGUUAGUGCCUAUAAAGUGCGGGAAAUAAUUUUAUCUAGAAAAAAUCCUUUUUCAAUAAAUGAUGAUGAUUAA